AAAUUCCAGUGGCUGCACACUGUGGGUGCGGCGUUGUACCGCUGGACUUCAAGGCUACACCAGGAUUGAUUAGUCUGUUGCCAGAGACACGACGCAGGCAACAAACUAUUAUAAGUACAGGGUUGUACUAAAGGUCCUGAUAAAUGCUCAAACCCGUCCUAUGCUCAGACUUUUCCACCACUUCUUUACGUGCUGGUUAGUCUUGUUGACUUCCUGAUUCCGCCGAACACAACACGGACGUGUCAGUGAGGAGCAGUUGUGCUCACAGUCACAGAAGAGGCACAGUUUAUACAACGAUUUAGGAUGGCUUCCACUCCAAGUUCCACUUUGCGACCCCUGUCCAUCGUGGUCGUGCUGCUGGCUGGAGUCAUCAUCCUAUUUACAAUGUACUACAGAUCUUUUCCACUUCCAAAAUGUCAUCCUGCCCCCAAACCAGCUGCUGUUCAAAAACAGUCAGUGGCCACAAAUCGGUCAAAGACCAAAAAGCCUCUUGUGCUGCUGUGGUUUUGGCCUGAAAGCAAAAAGUUUGAUAUGAAGGACUGUAAGAAUGUUUUAGAAAUGGAUCACUGUGAACUCACAGAUGAUAGAUCUUUAUACUCCAAAGCUCAUGCAGUUCUGAUACAUCACAAUGAUAUCAAAGAUGACCUGUCCAACCUUCCCACCACACCAAGACCCAAAUUUCAAAGGUGGAUCUGGUUGAGCAUGGACACGCCCCCAAACACGCGCAAGAUCGCUGGCAUCGAAGCCCUUUUUAAUUUAACCUCGAGCUACAGGAAGGAUGCAGACAUUCCUGUUCGCUGGCACCUAACUGUCAAGAAGAACCCAGGCCCAGAUUUUGUUCCACCAAAGAAAGAACGAGUGCUUUGUUGGAUUGUUAACAGCCAUGACCUCAACACAACGUCUGCGGAGCGUUACAACUACUACAACGAGGUUAUAAAACACAUAAAGGUGGAUGUGUUUGACAUCUCAGCUGACAACGUGAAGGGAGAAAACUAUUUUCAAACUAUUAGUACCUGCAAGUUCUUUCUUUCUUUUGAGGAAUCAAAUCACAGAGAUUACAUCACAGAAACAUUCUAUGGUCCGCUCGCUGUUGGAACUGUACCAAUAGUUCUGGGCCCACCGAGAAAGAACUAUGAGAAAUUUGUCCCUGGUACUUCCUUCAUACACGUAAAAGACUUUCCUGAUGCUUUUGCUCUGGCUGAAUUCCUCCUCAAAUUGGACGACGAUAAAGAGGCUUAUGAAAAGUACUUUACUUGGCACCGGUUCUAUACUCUCAGGCGUCAUUUUACUGAUGAGCAGCAUAAGUUUACACUUGCUGUCUGUCAGGCCUGUCGUCAUAUUGGCUUCAGCAAUGAAUAUAGAGUGGUUCGGGAUCUGUACAAGUGGGUGUCCCAGUGACACUGGAGUCUGUGGUGGUCCUGCUGCAGAGAGGCAUUUUGUGUAUACAAACUACAUUGAUGCAUUAUUGAUGUACAUAUUAGUAUGUUUGAAUAGGAAAAUGUCAUCAACCAUUUAAAUAACACUCAUCAUCAGCUAAGCCAGUCUGACUGUAAUGAAAAAUACCACCUGCUUGUUGAAGAUAUAUUUCCCAUUGGAGUUGCCAUUAAUAGGUUGCCAUAAUCACUUUCUCUCUUUCUUGGAAUAAAAACAAAUGAACUAUCUUACUCUUCUGGCUCUACAUUUCAAGACUUGUGUACUGGCAGUAUAUUUUCUUUACACUCAUAUGAAUAAAUAUGAAUGUGAAAAUGAA